AGGACUCCUAGCUAUAUUCUCUGGACAUAAUAACAGCUAAAAUCUUUGCCUUUCUGCCUCGAACCAGGCUGUGCUGCUUGCAUAGCAGUGUAGCACAAGAACGGAAAUGAAGCAUUUCAGCAGCUGCCUGCUGCUUCUUGCCUGCGCGACACAUGAUUAUGCACGCACUUACGGAAGCAAAAUCAUGCUAAUUCCGCGGCCAGAGAGGUGCCUGAAGCCACCGGUUCUUGGCAUAUGCCGGCCAUUCAACAAAGUAUACUAUUUCGAUUAUGACUCAUACAAGUGCAGAAAACUAAAAUGGGGCAUUUGCAUUGGAGGCAGCAACCACUUCCCUACGCAAGAUCAGUGUCUAGAGACCUGUAUACGAAGAGAAGGGAGAAAGUCGCGACGCUGCCUGGAAAAAGCUGAAACAUGCAGCUGUACCCCACACAUGCGGUCCUGGUAUUUCGAUGCUAAAAGUAACCACUGCAAAAUGUUUAACCACACGGAAUGCGCCGGCGGGAGCAACCGCUUCGAAACAGAAAAGAAGUGCAUGGAACUUUGCCUGCCAAUGACAAAACCAACAAAACGAAAAGCAGUCUGCAGUGAGGACCCAAAGCCCGGAUGGUGGUGGUGCUGGUUCAAAAAGACCAAGUGGUACUUUGAUGUGCAGGCAAACACCUGCCGUCAGUUUGAGGGCAGGGAAUGUGGGACAGGCGCCAACGGAUUUCCUACUUUCGAGGCCUGCAUGGAGCGUUGCAGCUAUACGGGCUGCCAAAGAUGCAAAAAUGGACUGCCGUAUUAUUACCCGAAUGGCACGUCCCCCUGCGAAACGGUGCCGAAGUAGCCGGAUAACAGCGGCUACUAUUGUGAGGAACAUGAAGAGCAAAAGCUGAAGUGAUGCACAAAAAAAACAAGACUUCACAUGUCGCCGAUUCUCAAAGUUGUUCCCUACUGCAAAAACCUAACAAUCAAGAGGCUUUCGUAUGAAUAGUGUAAGCUGUGUCCAAGACCGCUCCUGCACCACACUAAGCAAUAAAAUAAAAUGAAUAUAGGCAUGCAUCGUUGAACAGUUCAACGGCCUUCAACCGCGCACACUGUCUUUUCCUGCCUUAGUUCGUGUGUACUAAACAUUCGUCACUGAAUUAUUCGGGACUAGUCGAAGUUCAUGUUCCAUCUCACCGACUGCCAAGAUAUAUGUUUUGCGGACCUGUGCAACAGUUCCAAAAAACCUCGUUCAUAUAUUAGGCACGGAAGACAGCCCAUAAAAUCACAUGAUAAAGAGAUGUUGUACUUAAUAUUUUAGUAGGCAAAAUUUGUUUUUCACCAGACAGACACCCCAUGUUGAGUAAAUUAAAGAUUUGCAACUUCCUUU